AUGCGUUUCUCCGCCGCUUCCGUCCUCGCCUUCGCCGCUCUGGCUGCUGCCCAGGCUGAGACCGUCACCGUCACCACUCCCACUCUGCCCUCCGUCCCGGGCGUCACUCAGGCCUCCUCCGUCAUCGCCGGCGCCUCCAGCGCUCUCCAGUCCGGCCUCUCCUCCCUCUCUGCUGCUGAGUCCUCCCUCGGCGGCCAGGUCUCCUCCGCCCUCGAGUCCAUCAGCGCCGGUGCCUCCUCCCGCGCCGCCAACCUGAGCUCCCAGCUCGCCACUGCCACCGGCUCUGCCGCCGCCUCCCUCUCCUCCGCCCUCGAGUCCGCCAGCGCAGACGCCAGCUCCGCCGUCGAGAGCGCCACUGGCUCCGGCUCUGCCCAGAGCACCACCGCCCCCGGCGCUGCCCCGGCUCAGACCGCUGCCGUCGCCAUGGGUGCCCUCCUCGGUGGUGCCGCCCUCAUUGCCAACCUGUAA